AUGGUGUCACCAGAGCAGUCCCAGUAUCAAAAUUUCUCAAUGGCCAAGCACGGUGGUCGGAGCAAAAAUACUUCCUUUUCUGACACUCUUCUUUUCGCCGGCGGAGCUCUGGUGGUUUUUUUGGUCGUUUGGGCUUUCUGGUCCUUUUUCAGUCCAAUCCCAACUUCAGCUCCUAGUUUCUCUUACGACUCAUUUACCGAACGUAAAUCGGCAGGUUUAGAGAGUCUAUCCGCCUCAACUUUGAAUAGCUGCGCCGAUGGUGCUUCGGGUUUUGACAUGGUCCAUGACCCACCCGACCCGAAUUUUUACGACGACCGGAAGUUGAGCUACAGUAUAGAUGCUCCGCCCGUUAAGAACUGGGAUGAAAAAAGAAUGGAAUGGCUUAAGCAACACCCGUCAUUCGCCGCCGGAGUAGAAAAUCGGAUUCUAAUGGUCACUGGCUCCCAAGCCACGCCGUGUAAGAAUCCCAUCGGCGAUUAUUUGCUGUUGAAACUCUUCAAGAACAAGGUUGAUUACUGCAGACGCCAUGGAAUUGAAAUUUUCUACAACAAUGUGCUGUUCCAACCCAAGAUGUUUUCAUUUUGGGCCAAAACGCCCACUGUUAAGGCUGCAAUGCUGGCCCACCCGGAGGCUGAGUGGAUCUGGUGGGUGGAUUCCGAUGCCGCCUUGACCGACAUGGACUUCAAGCUUCCACUAGGCCGGUACAAGGCCCAUAAUCUAGUGAUCCAUGGAUGGCCCAAGUUGAUCUACGAGAAGAAUAGCUGGACUAGCAUCAAUGCAGGUGUGUUCUUGAUUAGAAAUUGCCAAUGGGCCAUGGACUUCAUGGAUGUGUGGGCCAGUAUGGGCCCACAGGCCCCUGGCUAUGAUAGAUGGGGUGAAAUUUUGAGCACAACUUUCAAAGAUAAGAUUUUCCCAGAAUCCGACGAUCAAUCAGGUUUAAUUUAUUUAUUAUUAAAAGAAAAAGAAAAAUGGGGAAAUAAAAUUUACGUGGAGGGUGAAUAUUACUUUGAGGGGUAUUGGAUGGAAAUUGUUGGUAGACUUGAUAAUAUUACAGAAAGGUACAAUGAAAUUGAGAAGAGGGUGCGCAGGUUAAGGAGGCGCCAUGCUGAGAAGGUGAGUGAGAGUAAUAUUCCGGUGUGGGAGGAGUACCUAAAGGAUGCUGGGUUUGGGCGAGAGGGUUGGCGCAGACCGUUCAUCACACACUUCACUGGGUGUCAACCCUGCAGUGGGGACCACAACAAGAUGUAUUCUGGUCAGACUUGCUUUGAUGCCAUGCAGAAGGCUUUGGCUUUUGCUGAUAAUCAGGUGCUUAGGAAUUAUGGGUUUAUGCACCCGGAUCUACUGGAUCCUUCCACAGUGAAUCCUGUGCUGUUCGAUUAUCCUGCAUGA